AUGGCGUCUUUGUUGUCUGUUACCAUCCUCUUUUAUUCACUAUACUGUGUUAAUGGGCAACACGGUAUUGCUUUGCCAGAACUGGCAUCCAAGAUAGGUGCUACAAAAUUCGCCAAACUUAUCGAUGUGGCAAGUCUUGGUCAGCCGCUGACAGCACCAGGUCCGUUGACAAUGUUUGCGCCAAAUAAUGGUGCUUUUUCUAAGUUAUCACCCGAUCUGAUGAAACUCCUGAACACUAAUAUGACUGAGCUGGUAAAUGUACUGUUGUAUCACGUGUUGAAUGAGGAACUGAGGAUAGACAAUACCACACAAAAUGACAUGUUGAUUGGUACUCUGGCUGGACCGUCCAUCAGGAUCAAUGUGUAUAACGUAUACAUACAUCAGAAACUCAUCCACACGGUUACAACGGUGUGUGGGAAGGCGGUCGUGAGUGCUGAUAAUGUGGCCAACAAUGGCGUUCUCCACGUGCUCAAAGGCGUCCUGUUUCCUCCGCCCGGUAACAUAUUGACAGCGUUACGAAAGUGUCCAGAGCUGACAAUAUUGACUAAAGGUCUUAUAGAUAUAGGACUCACAGACAUACUGGAAGGUGAUGGUCCCCUCACUAUAUUUGCUCCGACGAACGAGGCGUUUAAAAAGCUACCAGGAGACAUGCUGCAGAAAUUGAUGUCAAAUAUGACGGCGUUAGAAGAAGUACUGACGUACCACAUCUGUGAUGGAACUCAUUUCACCCAAGGCUUCAGGACUAAAAAGUAUUCAGAUCUACUGUUGAUGUUGUCGACUGGCUGGGUCGCCGUGAAUGUGACAGACACUUACGCUACAGCAAACAACAUUAAAAUCGCCUACCCAGACAUCAACGUCAGUAAUGGAGUUGUGCAUGGCAUGGAUUCGGUGUUAUUUCCACUCUAUUAA